AUGAAAGUCGCCUCAUCGUUGUUCGCGUGCUUAGCCGCGCUAUCUUCAAUUGCUUCAGCACUCUCCAUCACGAAAACGCAGAAUUGGAACAUCACAAAUGACGUAGAAGGCUCCGUCCGUCUCAAUGGACUUGCUUUCCAACAACACGCCUUGACCACUUUCGGCGACUACCAAUAUGUAGCCUUCUACAAAACUGCUUCUGGGUACGGCAAGCACUACGUCAACUUAGGGCGGCGCAAGAUCUCACCUGCGCUUGGAGAGUGGCAAUAUUUUGCAUUCACCGAUUAUGUGCAAACUACUUUGGACGAACACAAUACCAUUAGCAUGGGAAUCAGCGGUGAUGGCAGAAUCCACCUGAGCUUCGACCAUCACGAUGUGCCACUUAACUAUCGUGCGAGUAACACAGGCAUUGCCAAAACAAUUCCAUCAGAGUGGACCGCCAGUGCAUUUGGAGCUGUCCAGCACAGUCUGCCUGGCUCGACCGGGCCAUGGACACCACUCACAUACCCUCGUUUUGAACGUCUCGACAAUGGUGACCUUCUCAUGGAGUUCCGGAUCGGACAGUCCGGUGCUGGUGACUCGUACAUUCAUCGAUACUCUACAAGCUCUUCACAAUGGAGCGCUGUUGGGAAAUACCUGCAAGGUCAAGACAACAAUGCAUACAUCAACGGCAUAAGUAACCAAGGUGGAAAGCUCUUCGUCUCAUGGACCGUCCGCGAAACGCCUACAGCGAGCACGAACCACGACUUCUACUUCGCCAUGUCGGAAGACGAUGGCAAGACUUGGAAGCAGACCAAUGGCCAAACCGUCGCAAAGCCCAUUACGCCGACAACGCCCGGCAUAAAGAUAUAUUCGAUCCCACAAAACAGCGAGAUUAUAAACCAGGAGGCCCAAUGCGCCGAUCAGAAAGGUCGCUUUCAUGCUCUCAUGCGUGACAACUCGACGGGUACGGCGCAGUUUUACCACUACCUUCGAACCCCGGAGGGCAAAUUUUCCAAGACUGCUAUCAAGACGUCCGGUCUCUCAACACCGCCAUACCUCGCUUAUAGAGGCAAGAUCGCCGCUUCAGGCGACAAUGUGAUUGCUAUCCUACCAGACCAGCCUAAGAUGACUGUUCAGAUCUGGGCUGCGACAGCAGGAGGCGCCUACAAUGACUGGAAGAAGUUGGCGGAAAUCCCAAACUCUGCAGGCGAGCCAUUGGUGGAUGAGGAAAGGUUGGACAAGUUCAAUGUAUUGAGCUUGUUUAUCAGGCAAGGUGGUCCUUUCGGAACAAGGAAAGUACAGGUUUGGGACUUCGCAAUCGCACCUUAG